GUACCCCCUCAUUCUGACUCCGUCCCGUCCAGGGGCUGGUCCGUUAGGAUCAAGAACAAAUCUGGCCCACUCCAGGUAGGCUGUCGCUACAGACGAAGCACUUAAAGACUGCGAACGUUUGUAGUCCACUUUCCACUCAGGACUCUAAGAUGCCUCCUCGGCUUCAGAUCGGUCACACUCUCAGAUCCGGACUCAAUCAUCAGCUCCACAUCUAGGUUCUUGUGCCUCCAAAGGCCUCGAAUCUACCAAGAUACAAGGGCCUGAUUCCAGCCCUUUGAGAAAAGACUUCAUUUCCCAACAGGCCCCGCGCCCGCGGGGGCUCAGGGAACCAUCGGCAACACAGUUCCCUUCCCGGGAGUGGCCGGCUUUCGCCAUCCGCAGUGCAUGAGGGGAAGCGCAUACCCGGAAGUAAGGAGGCCAACCGGAAAGAGACGAGAAGAGGGAAAGGAGACGCCCCUACUUUCUAAGAAACGAAGAGUCGGUGACCUGUUGGCCAGUUAUAUCCCGGAGGAUGAGGCACUGAUGCUGCGGGAUGGACGCUUUGCUUGUGCCAUCUGCCCCCACCGACCUGUACUGGACACCCUGGCCAUGUUGACUGCCCACCGUGCAGGCAAGAAACAUCUGUCCAGCCUGCAGCUUUUCUAUGGCAGAAAGCAGCCAGGAAGGAGAAUGGAGCAGAAUCCAAAACAGCAGAAUGAGUUGAGGAGGGAGGAGACCAAAUCUGAGGCUCCUUUGCUGGCUCAGACUCGAUUUAUCACCCAGAGUGCACUGCACAGAACUCCCCACUAUAACAGUUGCUGCCGCCGGAAGUGCAGACCAGAAGCCCCUAGUCCUUCUGUCUCCUGCUCCCCUUUGCCACCCCCAGAGGUUGAACUCCAUAGUGGGAAGAUCAGCCAGGAACCUGAGCCUGGGGCUGGUCCACAGGCCAAGGAGUCAGCAACUGUCUCAGCCCCUCCACCCAUGAGCCCCACAAGAAGACGAGCCCUGGAUCAUUAUCUCACUCUUCGAAGCUCUGGAUGGAUCCCAGACGGACAAGGUCGAUGGGUAAAAGAUGAGAAUGUUGAGUUUGACUCUGAUGAGGAAGAACCCCCUGAUUUCCCCUUGGACUAACACUCUGUUUCCCCAUUUAAUUCACAAAUAAACUACAGCAGGUGCUGGGAGCCUAA